CUUUCUGUCUUUCAUACCUUGCACCUUGCUUUCUUCACAUCACAACAGGAUUUUAAUUUUAAUUUUUUCAGACAGUUUAUAAAAUGCCUGUCAGCCUCUGUGGUACAUGGGAUAUGGUCAGCAAUGUCAACUUUGAGGGAUACAUGAUUGCUUUAGGGAUCAGCCUGUACACCCGUAAAAUCGCCCUGAAGUUAAAACAUCGUAAAGUGAUGGAACAGGUGGGAGAUCGCUUUGUGAUCAAGACACUCAGUACGGUCAGAAACUACACUCUUUCCUUUAGAGUGAAUGAAGAGUUUCAAGAGUUCACCAAGGGACUGGAUGACAGACACUGCAAGUCCCUGGUGAAUUGGGAGGCGAACAGGAUGGUGUGCGUUCAAAAGGGUGAGAAAAAGAACAGAGGAUGGGCGCACUGGAUUGAGGAUGAUAAACUUAAUUUGGAGUUGUACUGUGAAGAUCAAGUCUGCAAGCAAGUUUUCAAACGGGUUGUCUGAGGCCCUGUGGUGGAGUUUACAACUUGAAAAGACACACUGAUGUAAACAAAGUAGUUUACACUUCUAAUUCAGAGGAACAUGGGGCGAGAGGAAGGACCAAGUGUUCCAGCCUAUGUCCCAAAACCCAGAUUUAACAAUUACAACCAGCGAGGCACAGAUGCUUGCAGACGGAACCUGGAUUGUUGAAAGUCUAGGACAGGAGUUAAGGUGCCACUAGAGGGCGACAUAAGACCAUUUACAAACAAACACUGUUCAGACUGGUCAACAGUUCGUUGGAAAACAUUUUGUCAAUAGUUGUGUUCCAUUACCUGAUCACAAGACAAGAGCCACAUUCACAAAGAUGGAGCAAUGUGCCAAGUAUAACCUAAUGGCCCUUAGCCAUAGGCCUACUGUUGUUACACUUUAUUUCUGAUGUAAAUAAAUCCACAGUUAUUUUUUCACCAGAAUAUGACGCAUUCCAAACAAAUUUUAUUUAGACUAUUUUGUA